AUGUCUUCUGAAAAGUCCCUAAAAAUCGGUGUCAUAGGCCCAGCAGGCUUUGGAGGAUCAUACCUCGCGGUCGAACUCCUAAAUCGCGGCCACACUGUCAUCGGAAUCUCGCGCAACCCGCAAAAGCUCGGCAAGCACGAGCGAUACAUCCCACGACCCGUAGACAUAGACGCAACAUCAAUUGAAGAGCUAGCACGGAGCUUUGAUGGUGUCGAUGUCUUGGUCUCAGAGUACGGACCGCACACGGCCGGUGCUGGGGCGCUGCAAUAUAUGCCAUUCCUCGAAACAGUUCGUAAGCUGAUCCUCGCCUACAAAGUCUCUUCAGCAAACUACUUCCUCUUUGUUGGUGGCGCAGGCUCCUUGCAUGUCCCCGGUACAUUAACCUGCUGUGUCGACCAUCCAGACUUCUUCCUUGCAUACCGCCGCGCAAUCUCCACGUCGCUCGCACACAUAGCGUACAUGGAGGAGCGGCUCGGGAUCAUGGGCACGAGCCUGCGUGCCUAUCGUGAAGCUCGGAUCGCUGAGGCGAAAGGAUCAGCGACCGAGGAAGAAAAGCGUGUGAUUAGGGAGUAUGAAGACUCUAUCAAGAAGCAGGACAAGGCGAGUGAUUUCAUCAAGGCGGGUCGCACGGCGUAUAUGUUUUUUGAUGGGAAUGAGAGCUUUCGAUGGAGCUUCGUGAGCCCUAGCGCCCUGUAUCGACCUGGUAGACGAACUGGAAACUACGAAAUUAGUAUUGACGAUAUGGCGCUGAAUGGCGAGCGGCAUGAGGGUAAGGAUAUCUUCGAAGGGAGAUUGACGGGCAUCAGUGUGGCAGAUAUGGCGAUUGCGAUUGCAGAUGAGGUCGAGCAGCAGAAGUUGGUAUGGAAACAUUGGAGUGCUUGGGGUGAUAUUAGUGAGGACUUACCUGCACCAGCGUAUGUGAGUUUGGAUGCUGUAGAGGGAGGGAGUCGGUAG